UUUCGCCAGGAGCUGUGGCACGCAUUCAGUGAGAUCACAUCCUUGCAUGCGUUGCUGUUGCCAUCAAUUUAAUAGUAGUUAGUUCUUCAGUCAACUUUACCCAGAUUUUCGAUUUAUGGAGCUCGUUUUGGGCAGAAGACAUGUUAUAAAUAACCGUUAAGUUUCAGUUUUAAAGCUAUGAAUGUCCUUUCGCGCAAUGUAAUCAUGACAAGUUCUUGAGGAAUUCUCUCCACCUUUUGUGUGAUCACGUUUUGCUCUCUACCCUCGGAGUUUCACUGCGAUCGGGCGCAUACAAUCAGUCAUAAUGUGGGGGAGAAACGAAUUUGAGGAUGGAUUUGAUACUUUUAAAACAGGUUCCAGCACCAGCUCUCCUGGAUGGGUCCCGGGGUGUGAGUCGCCAUGGCAGGGUACCUCCUCGGCCCCCGGUAACAGUAACCGAGGACGACGCCACAGCACGGCCUCCGACAGUGGUGACACGGGCAUCGGCACGUCCUGCUCCGACAGUGCAGAAGACCAAUCCAGCUCCAGCACCACACUGUCCUUCCAGCCACUGCGCUCCCAGGGUGCCAUCCCCACAGCCCACGUCAUGCCCUCACCCUCUUCUGGCUCCAAGCUCAGCACGGUACCCUCCCCUGGGGGCAGCCUCUGGUCCUCCUGCCAGCUGCCCUCGCCCCUCGACAGCCCCCUGGACAUGAAGGACCCCCGGCCCGUCCGCCGCUGGUCCUCCCUUACCCGCCUCAGCGUCCAGGAGAAGUCCAGCCCCGUGGGCCGGGCAGCAUACCGCACCGACCCCCACGGCUCCCUGGACAGAGGCAUGCUCUACGGUUACAGGCAGGACCCUCUGCGCCCCACAGAACCCUACCUAUCCCAAGGGCUCCACCUGCGCUCCCCAGGGGCCGAGGCCCGGUACAAAUACCCCCUAAGUACUAAGACAGACUCUCACUCGGCCUGCUCUUCCCCGCUCAAACCCAACACCUUAGACCUGACCUACAGUGCCUUACCAGAGACCAAGCACUCUGGCGUCGGGCUGACGGUACCCAGCCAGAGGGGCCUGCCGCUGGGCCACCAAGCAGUAGGAGGGUCCCCCAUCCAGCCGGCGGUGAGGACCCAGAUGUGGCUGAGUGAGCAGAUGGAGUACCGGCCACCCGGACAUGGGACAGAGCUAUGUGGGGGCUUGUCAGCCUGGCAACAGGAGCAGCAGCAGAGAGAGAGGUUGCGGCAGGAGGCCGAGCUCAACCAGAUGCUGGGCGGAGCCUCACUUCCUGUGAACACUCUGGUGAAGAUCAAAGAGGGCCUGCUGCGACAGAGAGAGCUGGAGAUUGACAGACAGAAGCAGCAGAUCCUACAGCUCCAUGCCCGGAUCAGGGACAAUGAGCUGAGAGCGCAACAGGUCCUCCAGAGCCAGAAGGGGCGCUGUGACGACCCCUAUCUACUUAACGCUAAGGAGUCUCCAUAUGACAGUCCUGUAGCACAGUCCCACCCCCAGCCCCACCCGCAGCUCCAGCCCCAGCCCCACCCCCAGCUCCACCCCCACCCCCAGCCCCACCCCCAGCUCCACCCCCAGCUGCAGGUCCCAGAUAGGGUGAGUCCUCUGUGCUGUGAUAACGGGGAGCUGGGCCGGAAGCUGGCCGCUGCAGAGCUGGAGGUCAUCCACCUCAACGAGUUCCUCAAACAGAACACCCAGAAAUACACAGAGGACACCAAGAAGCUGGAGGAAAAGAUGAAGACGCGUGACCGCUACAUCAGCAGCCUGAAGAAGAAGUGUCUGAGGGAGAGUGAGCAGAACAAGGAAAAGCAGCAGAGGAUAGAGACCCUGGAGAAGUACCUAGCUGACCUGCCCUCCCUCGAUGAGGUCCAGACCCAGGCCCAGCAGCUGGAGGAGGGUCAGGGGAAGGCCCAGGGUCUGCAGGACACAGUGGCUUGUCUGGAGAAGAGUCUGGAGGAGGGCUGCGCCGUGCUGCAGGCGAAAGAGGACCUGAUUGAGACCCAGUGCAAGAGGGAGAAGGAGCUGGUGGCUGCUGUACAGAGUCUGCAGGAGAAGGUGGAGCAGUGUCUUGAGGACGGGGUCCGGCUCCCCAUGCUGGACCUGAAGGAGCUGGAGAUGGAGAACGCACGGUUACAGGAGCAGCAAGCCACCACCACCGAGCUGAUAGACAAUCAGAAGAACCAGAUUGAAAAACUCACCCUUGAGCUGACGGCUGUGGAGCAGAGGCUGCAGAUGGAGCGAUGUCUCUCCCAAGAGCUCCAGCAACAGCUGCAGGGCGAAGACCUGGCUUCACUCGCCGACACCCUCCACCAGAACCAAAGGCAGGUGGAGGAUGGCGUGGUGAUUCGUCAGGGCUGCGGGGGCCAGGGGCUAGAGGCAGGGCCCCUGCUGAAGGAGAUGUCCCUGUGUCUGCUUGACCUCAAGGCCCUCUGUAAUAUCCUCACCCAGAGGGCCCAGGGCCAGGAGCCCAACCUGGCACUGCUACUGGGCAUCAAAUCGAUGAGCAUGUCAGGGGAGGAGAACGACAACUCCCUGGUGGAGGACAGCUUGCGGGCCAAGCUACUGGAGGUUGGCCAGCUGAGGAAGGAUAUUGAGGACCUGCGCACCGCCAUCUCUGACCGCUACGCACAGGACAUGGGCGAAAACUGUGUGACGCAAUGACACACCCGCCAUGAGGGGCACUGACGCCCAGCGACGGCAUGCCCACUCCCGUUUCACAGCCAGUAAGGGUAGGAAAAAUCCUGAUUGGAGGAAGAACAGCGUUAAAAAUUGAAUAAGAAACUAGGUACUUUGUCAAAAUGCUGUAUUUUAUUUAUAUCCAGUUUUACGUGAUGGAGAUAUCUAGCUCCAGCUUUCUGAAUGUAGGAUCAAGCUGUGAAUCAAGUUUACAAGGAAGUCUUAAAAUAGGAUGUUUUGAUUUUUCAAAUGUCAAUUGCGCUUCCUGUGUAAUAGAAUGAAUUCCUGCAUGAUCAUGUACAUUGCUUCAUGCACAGAGACGUACUCAUACCUGGAGACCCUGCCCUCACAGAAGGGAGUAUGAGUGUUUGGCCCCUCCCACACAAUCUCACCGGCCAGUAGGAAACUGACUCACUGCUGCUCUGUCAAGUGCCUCUGUGUGUGAUAGCUUCUCCACUAAUCAGCUGUCCUCUUCCUAAAUUGUCUCCAAUGGCAACCCAUCACAUCGCCACAUGUGUUAUCCAAAGACGAACUCCCCGAACUCUCAGCAGCUGCCCAUAGUCUAUAGUCGAGACUGCCUAGUGGCACUUCCCUUGGCUCCACAACAAAACUGGCCAACCAAGAGAGCUGCUUCUGUUCCAUUUCAGUAUUUCUUCUGUGUGUGUAAGUGGUUCGCUAUUUGGGAUAUGAAUGGUUUUCAAUGGAAGAUUUCAGUGAUGUGGAUCGCCCCAUACUGGUUAUUUGGAUAGAUAUUUUUAAUGAAAAUGAAAUAGCAUGGCAAUAACCCCUUUCGUAUUAUUUGCUGUUGUGUUGAACAUAAUAGCAUCAGGUAAUAUUCAGGUGUUUUUCUAACAGUUAAAUUCAGGAAUUGUUUUUACAAGUUCAGAUUGACUGGUAAGGUCAGGGCUUAAUACUGCCUCCCAUGACUUCAAUAGGCUGCAUUUACAUCGGCAGCACAAUUCUGAUCAUUUUUCCACUAAUUGGUGAGCUGAUUAGUCAAAAGAUGAAUUAUUGAAAGAAAAAUAAAUUGGGCUGCUUGUGUAAAUACAGCCAUAGACACCAUUUGAUUGAGACUAGAACUAAUGCAAAACCACCACAGCAGCACUUCUACAGUAUAGGCCCACAUUACCUACUGGGACUUGACUCAUUUGUAUAAAUCCAUUGUCAAUAUAGGCACCAGUUAAACAUUGAGUUGACUGAGAAAUAUUCCUCCAACCUCUACCACACAGAGGGGGCUCUAGAUGAAUGCAUCCAUGGAGUAAUCGUUGGUUCACAUUCUUCUGUUUUACUUUGACUGCUGUUCCCACUAUGUCAUAGGAACUUGCUUCAUCUCAAACUAAUUGGAACGUGAAUUUUAGCGAGCCGGUCAUGACAACCAACACAUUACUGUUUGCUAUAAGGCAGGGUUUCUAACUAUCCUCGGGACCCCCGUUUUGUUUUGCCCUAACGCUACAACAGCGGAUUCAAAUGAUCAAGCUUGAUUAUUUGAAUCAGCUGGUGCAAAAUAAAAACCUGCUAUAAGGUGAUGUUAUACAUUUUUACAGAUUGUAAUAUAUCCUGGUAACAAGUGGUUCAAAAUGGUCAUCAGUUUAGAGCCAAGUAUAUUUUGCAUGUCUCAAUUUAGACUAAUGUAGUUGUAGGAUAUUCUAUUAUAUUGUUGUAUUACCAAUCUUAGAAAGGAAACAUGGGCUAUGUAAAAUGUUUUGGCAGGUUAAGAUAAAGAACAAAGGUUGAUUCGGGCCUAGAUUCAAACCAUACCACUGAAGAGCCGAGUAAUAGCAGCAUUGAAAGGUAAUUUCCGAUUGGGCCGACAUGCAACAUUUACCAUGAUUGCAGUCUCCGAACAUUGCCUUUAAAAAUUGCACAGGUCUUCAGCAACAUCGAUUGAAUCUAGUCCUAAGCAUUACAUGGAAACUAAUAUGCAUGGAAACUAAUAUGCAAUGUGACAUGCACCAGCUAGCGCCUCCCAUUCAGUAGCAGAUCUGAAAUGUUAUUGUUCUUCUGUGCCUUUUAAUGUAUGCAGCAGAUAAGAGCUCCUGUUUCUCCCUAUUGACAGGGUCUGGAGACAACUAUUCUGCAUCGUGUAAAUAAAAGGCUACCCGUCACUGUAUGAUUACACAAUUAUGCUAAGCCAUAGCCACAAAAUAUAGCCACUCAGGUAAAUUAAGGCCAUAACAGGCUCUUGUGAAACCUGAAGAAUGUACUUUGAUGCACAGCAUCCAUUGUGAUGUGUAGGUCUGUGCGAGUAUAGUGCUCAUCUAAAGGGAAACAGGUGUGGUUGUCAUGGCUGUCUGUACCGGACUAGGAGCCACUGGUUGGCUUUACUGUACAUAGGAAUUUGUUUAAUGUUAUGCUCUUAGUUUUGCAGCUAGAUUUUAUGAAUGCCAAAAGUUUAUUUAUAUACUAUGUUCCUAAAAGUGUUAAGUAUUUUUCCAUUUAAGGUGUGAUUGUCAUUUGUACAGAAUGCAAAUAAAAUAUUUUUCUAUAACA